AUGUCUCCUGUUUUGAUGAAACUUUUUGUACUUGCAGUUGUAGGAACUGUUGUAUUAUGCACAUGUCCAAAUGGAUGGAACCAUUAUGAAGAUAAAUGUUUCUUUCUAAGCAGGGACAAUGAGACAUUUGGCAAUUCACUGAUGCUAUGUGAAGUGAUUGGUCGUCAGUAUGGAAGAUCUGCCUCUUUGGCCACUGUUGAUGACGCUAAAACACAACAGUUUCUUACAGAUUUAAUGAUCAAAAUAAAUUCCAUUGGAAUGUACAUAGGAUUAAAUGAUCUUGUUACUGAAGGGGAAUUUCACUGGAUAGCUAACGGCAAGCAGGCAACGUACUUUAACUGGGGACCUACCCAGCCAAACAAUAGAGGGGGAAACGAGAACUGUGUAGCUAUGAGAGUUGAUCCAGUGAUAGGUUUCAAUUAUUCUUGGACAGAUGGUCCUUGCACAGUACCAACCACAUACAUUUGUGAAAUGGUGGCAGCAGAUAUUGGAAAUCUCCUCGGAUAG